CGUCGACGCCCCAACCACGGGCGGCCUCUAUGUCCAAAGGGCGCCCAGGGUCGGCCGGAGUGGAUGCAGUUGCCGUCUCCCUUGUCUGCGGGGUCCGAAGUGGCACGAGGGCGUGGCGUCGGCGUCGACGACGAGACCGACUUCUUGGAUGUUGGUGAUGGUCGUGACGGGAGGGAGGUGUGGAAGGACCGGCGGCGGGAUCAACAGCUGCGGCGCGAGGAAUACAUUAGACGAGGGGUGGAGCGUCUUUGCGUAGGUGACCAGGAAAACGAGAAGGAAACGGACGAUCCACUGGCGGAAGCAGACGACGACGACGACGGCGACAACGACGUGGAGUGUGGGGAAGGGGGGGUUGGUCACGCGUCGCCAUCGUUGCAGAGCGACAUGGCUGGUAAGGGUGGAAAGUCCAAGCCUUUCGGCCGCAAUGCUCGUCCGCAGGCGAAGAAAGGGCAGGGAAAGGGGAGCGAUGGCGACGGCGACGGGGAUGGGGCACACAUACGCCCGGAUGAAACUGCGGGAAUGGAAAUGGCAAUCGUCGUGCAAAGGUUGAAGAACGUGGGCGUGGACAGGGAUGCGGAGAAAUGCGGAAAGAAGUGGGACAAUCUAAUGCAGCAGUUCAAGAAAGUCCAUCACUUUCAAUCACCGUCAGGGGGUGCCGACUUUUUCCAGUUGUCGUCGAAGGAGAGGGCGAGCAGGGGCUUCAAUUUCACCAUGGAUCGCGCAGUGUAUGACGAGAUAGAGGGGUCGACUGGGAUGAAGCACACCAUCCACCCGAAAAACGUGGCAGACACUGGUGCGUCUGGCGGUGUGCGCCCGCCUUCAACGUCUUACGCGGAUCCUGAAUCGGUGUCGGAUGGGGAAGGAGGUGCAGGGCGAGAAGACGACGACGACGGGUCGACGCAAGGCUCUUCGCAGACGACGGGCACCCCAGGUGGUUUUGGGAAGAGGAAGAGCACGAGGCAGCAGACUUUCGAGGCGCUGACGGAAUGCAUGGAGAAACACGGGGCGCUAAUGGCGUCGACAAUGGAGAGUUCAAGCAAGCGGGAAUGCUCCGUCGACGAUGGAGAGCUCAUCGACCACAACCGCCGGGGACAAUCGUCACUUAUGCGAACGCCACGAAUGCCAGCCGCAGAUGCAACCAGGCGUGAAACAAGAAGAAGAAGAAGAACACUGACGAGAUGUGACGGAAGAAGAACGAGGAAGAAGGAGGAGGAAGAAGGGGGAGGAAGAAGGAGGAAGAAGGAGGAAGAAGGGGGAGGAAGAAGAAGGAGGAAGAAGGAGGAGGAAGGAGGAAGAAGAAGAAGGAAGAAGGAGGGAGGAGGAGGAGGAGGAAGAGGGAUGAAGGAGGAUGAGGAAGAAGGGAUGGAUGGCGAGAUGGGAUGGUGGGAUGGAUGGCGAGAUGGGAUGGUGGGAUGGAUGGCGAGAUGUGACAGAAGGAGGAGGAGGAAGAAGGGGGAGGAAGAAGAAGGAGGAGGAAGGAGGAAGAAGAAGGGGGAGGAAGAAGAAGGAGGAAGAAGAAGGAGGAAGAAAGAGGGGAGGAAGGAGGAGGAAGAAGAAGAAGAAGGAAAAAGGAGGAAGAAGGAGGAAGAAGAAGGAGGAAGGAGGAGGAAGAAGGGGUGGAUGGCGAGAUGGGAUGGUGGGAGGGGUGGCGAGAUGGGAUGCGAGAUACGAUGGAAGAGAAAGGAGGAAGAAGGGGGAGGAAAAAGAAGGAGCAAGAAGGAGGAGGAAGGAGGAGGAGGAAGAAGGAGGAAGAAGAAGAAGGAAGAAGAAGGAGGAAUGAGGAGGACGAAGAAGGAGGAAGGAGGAGGAGGAAGAAGGGGUGGAUGGCGAGAUGGGAUGAUGGGAUGGGUGGCAAGAUGGGAUGGUGGGAUGGAUGGCGGGAUGCAAUGAAAGAGAAAGGAGGAAGAAGGAGGAGGAAGAAGGAGGAAGGAGGAGGAAGGAGGAAGAAGGAGGAAGAAGAAGGAGGAAGAAGGAGGAGGAAGAAGGGAUGGAUGGCGAGAUGGGAUGGAUGGAUGGCAAAAUGAGAUGGAAGAAGGAAGAAGAAGGAGGCAGAAGAAGGAGGAAGGAGGAGGACGAUGAAGGAGGGAGAAGAAGAAGGAAGAAGAAGAAUAAAGAAGAAGAAGGAAGAAGAAGAAGAAGAAGAGAAGAGGAGCGGAGGAGGGGGAGGAGGAUGGCCUUUUUUUUUUCCGUUCGUCGUUCGCGACAACUGCCUAAGGUUGCCGAAGAUGUGCCCUGCCCCAAACAGCCAGAAGGCCGAAGAAGAUAAAGAUUGUCGUUCACU